GACCGCUAAAAUAACAGAAGAAGCAGAAGAACCGGAAGUGGUUUAGCUGCUGGCGGAAAAAGAACAGGAAGUGUUGAAAAGUGGCCUCCAGCAAGUGUAUUUGAGAACUGAGCUCAGGGUGAAAAUGAGUGAAAUUGAAGCUUUAAGGGCGUUUGUGUUGGAGCAGCUUUCUACAGCUGCUACUGAAAUAAUCGGUGCUUUUACAAAGACCAUAACUUCUUAUGAGGAGCGGAUUUCCUGUUUGGAGAAAGAAAACGAGCGCUGCCGUUCUGUCGCCACAGCGAAGUUACCGAAAACAGCUGAUUAUGUGACCAAAUCUUGUGCUGGUAAUCCAGCUGAUGAUCCAGAUGCAGAGGCUGGCAAAGGUGCUGAUGCUGUCGGACCACAUGCAAUAGACUCAGGAGUUGACUUCAAGACCAAAGAAACUGGGCUAAUCUCAUCCGCAGAAAUGGGAAGCUUCGUCACGCGUGACCACUUCCUGAAGUCUGUGUCCACAGAAAACUGUCCCUUCUGUUGUCUGAAAGUGGCGGCCACAGAUAGACAUCUGACUCAAAAACAUUUUGUUGCUGCUGUUCAUUUUGUUGAAGAUGGCACUGUAAAAUUUGUUGUACCGUGUAUGUGCAAAGAUGUCUCCCAACGCCGAAGUCACUGGCACUGCCCAAUCUGUGUAAAGAUCCUUAAUCGCAGAUGCAGCUUUGAAGUCCACCUAACGAAACAACAUGAGUGCUCUGUACUGCAUCGCGACCACGGUACAGCUGAAGAUGCAGAGGCUGGUAAAGGUGCUGAUGAUGUUGGACCUCAUGCAGUAGAAUCAGAAACUGAAAGCAAAACCAGAGAAACUUUGUUAAUCUCUUCCACAGAAACGGGAAGCUUCGUCACGCGUGACCACUUUCUGAAGUCUGUGUCCACAAAGAACUGUCCCUUCUGCUUUCGGAAAGUGGCGGCCACAGAGAGACAUCUGACUCAAAAGCAUUACGCUGCUGCUGUUCGUUUUAUUGAAGAUGGCACUGUAAAAUUUGUGGUACCAUGUAUGUGCAGAGAUGCCCCCCAACACCGAAGUCACUGGCAUUGCCCAAUCUGUGUAAAGACCAUUAGUCGUAGGACCAGCUUCGAAGUCCACAUAACUAGACAACAUGUGUGUUCUGUACUGCAGCCCAGCUAUGGUGCAGAGAAACUUCUACGUCGUCAUCAACAAAAAGAACAGCAAAGUCUGAUUGCCAAUCUUGCACAAGAAUUGGACAUAUGCGUUGUGGACUCUUACAUCCAGGACUUGGGGCAAAUUGGCGCCAAGAGCAACAGUCAGCAGCACGCUUCAACUCAGGUUAUGAAAACUCUUGAUGAUGGGUUUGCAGAACUACUGGAUCCAGCUAAUGAGAGUCAGCACACAACCAAGAAUGAAAAUGUUUGCCAGAGUGUGGAGUCGGAGACAACUCGGGACAGCUCAGAGGCAGUCGGUCCAUUGAGGAUAAAGUCUGUAAAAAGACCAUCAUUCCCUGGGAAUCCAAGUGGGAAGAGGGCAACGCAUCGCUGUAAAGCAUGUGGGAAGAUUUUCCAUUACACGUACACGCUGAAGACACAUGUCCAAACACACACAAGGGAUAGAUUCUCUGUUUGUGGCCUUUGUGGAAAACGUUUAGGGAACAAAGAACAUUUGGUGCAGCACCUGAAGAACCACAACAAGAAGAACAAGUGUGAAACGUGUGGUAAACAGUUUUCAAGUGAUUCCCAUCUGAAACGCCAUAAGAAAUUCCAUCAGCCAAAAACAAUGAACACGUUUUCAUGAUCCUAACCCACAGCUGGGUAGUCAGGAAUAACCCAGACCCCUGCUGUGGCUAUAUCGUCAUAAAUGGACAGUCUUAGUAGCUCAUGAAAUGAGAUGGAUAUUGUAACUUUAUGAGCCGUCAUGCGUAAACAGCUGUAAUUAGCUUUUUUGUUUAUUGACAUUUGUGUUUAUGUAGAUGAAUUUAGAAUACGUGUUUAUCCAAACUGACCUGAAAUUGAAAAAUCAUAUUUUUGUUCAUUAUACCCAUUAAAAAGAACAUUUUAGAUUUCUGCAUUUAUCAAAUGUACAGACUUGUACUAUUAAACAGUAUGUAUUUGUCAGGAAAUGUAA